AUGACAUCUUCCCAAGAAUCUUCAAACUUGAGUAUAGACGUCCCAUGGAUUGAAAAGUACCGUCCGCUUCACCUAUCUGAUAUUGUUGGAAAUGAAGCUACGAUUCAGCGUCUCGAAUCUUUUUCUCAUACCGGCAAUGUCCCUCACAUAAUCAUCGCAGGUCCACCCGGCUGCGGCAAAACUACCAGCAUUCUCUGCUUGGCUCGUGCUCUUCUUGGCGAUGCUUAUAAAGAUGCUGUUCUUGAACUCAAUGCUUCCAAUGACCGUGGCAUCGAUGUCGUUCGUAGUAGGAUCAAGAUGUUUGCUCAAAAAAAGGUUACGCUUCCUCCAGGACGCCAAAAAUUCGUCAUUCUCGACGAAGCCGAUAGCAUGACAGACGGUGCUCAGCAAGCCCUGCGUCGUACGAUGGAGAUUUAUUCGAAAACCACCCGCUUCGCAUUAGCAUGCAAUGAUUCCUCCAAGCUGAUUGAACCCAUCCAGUCACGGUGUGCUGUACUGCGCUAUGCGAAACUUACCUCGGUCCAACUAAUGUCCCGGCUUCUACAGGUUGCAAAGGCGGAAGGGAUCAGUUACACUGAGGAGGGACUAGAGGCUGUCGUCUUUACUGCUGAGGGUGACAUGCGACAGGCACUUAACAACCUACAGUCAACUUACCAAGGAUUUGGUAUGGUUACCAGUGAGAAUGUUUUCAAGGUGUGUGACGAGCCUCAUCCGCUGCUAGUGCAGAACAUGAUUGAACUUUGCUUAAAAAGUAAAUUUUCUGACGCCUACACUGUUCUGAAGCAUCUUUGGGACUUGGGGUAUUCUGCUGAAGACAUAUUCUCAAUGCUCUUUCGCAUUGUAAAAAACCACCAGAUGGAUGAGUACUUGAAAUUGGAGUACAUAAAGGAAGUUGGUCUUACUCACCUCAGAAUCGCCGAAGGUCUGGGAACGCUUCUUCAACUCAGCGGUUUGCUGGCCCGACUGUGCAAAAUUACCAGCCACGAAGAAAAAUAA